AUGGGCACGCUAUCGCCGGCCGAUGAGGCCCAGCUGAAGGCCCAGCUGCAGGAUGCCGUCGUGGCCAGCACCGAACGCUGCCUCUUCCAUUCGGCCAAAUGGGCCGCAGAACUGCUGAACGCACUCCCCUCAGCUGACGACAAUGGCUCCGACACAGACGUUGACUCGCCCAUGUCGGACGCCCCUCAACCGCAUACGCCCAAUUUCGUACCCAAGGACCCUACAGAGGCGCGGUUAGAAGCACGAGAAGCGCACAAGUUCCUCCUGGCCAAGACAUAUUUUGACUGCCGCGAGUUCGAUCGAUGCGCCGCCGUCUUCCUCCCAAGUGCCUUGCCCAAAGGCCCCGCUCACGCUGCAUCCACGCCUACCUCCAAAGCUAAACAAGCAACGAAGGGAAAGGCCAAGAUCGGCACACCAACUAAACCCAAGUUCUCGUCAGACUCGAUAUCAGGUCUAAGCCAGAAAUCCCUGUUCAUUGCCCUCUAUGCAAAGUACGUUGCAGGCGAGAAGCGCAUGAACGAGGACAGCGAAAUGAUACUCGGGCCCCAGGAUGGAGGUGUCACAAUGAACAAGGAACUGCCUGGGGUGUCGGCAGUGCUAGAAGAGUGGUUCAGGGACCUCCCUAGCAGCGGACGACAGCCGCAGGGGUGGCUCGAGUAUUUGUACGGCAUUGUCCUUGCUAAAGGCAAAAAUGAGAAACUAGCUAUGGAUUAUCUCAUAAAGAGCGUACACCAGUACACAUACAAUUGGGGCGCCUGGCAAGAGCUACAGGGGCUGUUGAGCACCAUCGAAGAGCUCAACCAACUCGUUACUCGAUUACCGCAAAAUCUUAUGACAUUCAUUUUUCACGUCACUGCCUCGCAGGAACUUUACUCGGUCAAUGAUCAGAUCCACACCUCGCUAUCGCAGAUCCUUUCCAUCUUCCCUACCUCGGCCUUCUUGAAAACACAGCGCGCCCUACUACACUACCACAAUAAAGACUUCGAUGAUGCCGAGCAAAUAUUCUCCGACCUCCUCAUAUCAGAUCCACACCGGGUUGACCAUCUGGACAACUACUCCAACAUCCUGUACGUCAUGGGGAUGAGGCCCAAACUUGCCUUUCUAGCGCAACUCGCGACGGCAACAGACAAGUUCCGGCCUGAGACAUGUUGCGUCGUGGGCAACUACUACUCGCUGAAAUCCGAGCACGAGAAGGCUGUCAUGUACUUUCGAAGAGCCUUGACGUUAGACCGAACUUUCCUCUCUGCGUGGACCCUCAUGGGCCACGAGUUCGUCGAGAUGAAGAACACACACGCCGCCAUCGAAUCAUAUCGCCGCGCUGUCGAUGUCAACCGCAAAGACUAUCGAGCAUGGUACGGUCUAGGUCAGACAUACGAGGUGCUAGAGAUGCAUUCGUAUGCUCUCUUCUAUCACCAACGCGCGGCAGCUUUGCGACCGUACGAUCCAAAACUCUGGAUGGCAGUAGGCCAAUGUUUCGGCAAAGUGGGCAAAAUAAUGAAUGGCAUCCGAGCUUACAAACGUGCCCUAGUAGCAGGUUCCUACUACGAUGCCGGCGUGGGCUCUUCAUUCGGAAGCGGCGAGGCCUCAGGCUUAGGAGGCGGCAUCCUCGAUCCCGAGGUCCUCUACCAAAUCGCGCUCCUAUACGAGCGCAUACACAACAUGAACGAAUGCUCUGCAUAUAUGGAGCUUGUCCUUGCGCAAGAAGAAGGUCCGGAUUACGACGAAGUGGGCCCUGAUGGAGCGGGUGGUGUCGGUGUCACAGCAACGACCAGCAAAGCCAGACUAUGGCUUGCGAGAUGGGAGUACAUGCGCGGUAUGUAUCAGCGGGCUAUGGAACUCGCAAAUGAGCUUUGCCAGGAUGGUGUAGAGGUUGAAGAUGCCAAGGCGCUUGUCAGGGACAUCAGGGCGAGGAUGGAGAGGGAUAGAGGUGACACUGGAAAUUGA